UGUCAGUACCCCAUGAAGAAGAAAAAACGUGUCGACGCUUCCCAACAGCCAAUCAGAAGUCAGGAGCGAAAAUGGCGGAUUCAGGGCCGAUCGUCAGGAGCUGCAGAGAACUAUGGACUAUACUGUUGGGAAGAUCCGCAUUACGCGAGCCGGCUCAAAUAGAAGAGGAGCUUGAUAAACACUGGGAAAGAAUACACCAAGGUCUGAGUUAUUACAAGCCACCCAGCUCUGCAUCGGCUCAGAAGCUGAAAGAAAACAAAGAUGUUGCUCAAGCAUUGAAGGAUUUUGGUCUCAGGAUCAGCAAGCUAUUAGGUCUUGAUGAACAACAAAGUGUCCAACUUUUGCAGUGUUACUUGCAAGAGGACUAUAGAGGAACACGAGACUCACUAAAGGUCGUACUGAAAGACGAAAGGCAAAGUCAGGCUCUUCUUCUAAAGAUAACUGACUAUUACUAUGAGGAGCGUGUGUGUCUGCUUAGAUGCAUCCUCCUCUUACUGACAUACUUUCAGGAUGAGCGACAUCCCUAUAGGGUUGAGUACUCCAACUGUGUAACUAAACUUGAAAAAGAUCUAGUUAACAACUGUCAAACACAGUUUAAAGAUCUUUUUAAUGCUGAAGCUCCAACGUGGGAAACCCAUGGACCUCUUAUGACUGAACGGCAAGUUUCACGUUGGUUCUUCCAGUGCUUGAGAGAGCAGUCUUUGCUUCUUGAGCUACUCUUUCUAUACUAUGCCUAUUUUGAGAUGACCCCAUCAGAUCUCUUGAGCUUCACAAGAAUGUUUAAGGAACAAGGCUUUGGUUUGCGCCAGACCAACCGACAUCUGGUGGACAAAAGUAUGGAUGCCCUGGUGGAACGUAUUGGCUACCUUGGCUCUCUUAUCUUGGUUGAGGGAAUGGACAUAGACUUUCUUCACAAGUGUGCUCUGGAGGAUCGUACUGAACAACAUCAGUUUUCAAGUGCUGCUGAUGUGGUUAAGGUGAUGGAUCAGCUACUAGUUACAUUUGGAGACAUUCACCAUCAUGGCCCUGUCCUGCUAGCAUGGGUCUUAUUGAGACACACUCUGAGGCCUGAGGAGACCAAUCCCGUUGUCAGAAGAAUUGGUAACACUGCUCUGCAGCUGGGAGUUUUUGAAUACCUCUCUACUAUGCUUAAAAGUCUUGGAGCUUCUGGAAACAAUUGCACAGCAAGCACAGCAAAAAUGUGCAUUUAUGGCCUCUUGUCUUUUGUUGUCACGUCAUUUGAAGAGGAUAGCCUACAGACAGAGAGAGGUACAACUGGAUCUCCUCUGAUUGAUGUUGCCUGUGAUGUCCUCUCUGCUCCCAGUCUGGCAGAGAUCUUCUGGGAAAUG